GGCCUCCUCUGCUGCAGAUGGUGUGUGAGCGGUCGGACGCCUUCGCCUCCGCCUGUGCCCUGGCCCGAGCCUUCCCCCUGUUCACCCACCGCUCGGGGGCUUCCCGGCGCGCGGAGAAGAAGACGGUCACAGUGGAGUUUUUCCUGGUGGGACAAGACAACGGGCCAGUGGAAGUGUCCACUUUGCAAUGCUUGACAAACGCCACGGAUGGUGUACGGCUGGCGGCCCGCAUUGUGGACACACCCUGCAAUGAGAUGAACACAGACACCUUCCUUGAGGAGAUUAAGAAAGUUGGAAAAGAUCUGGGGAUCGCCCCAACGGUCAUCCGGGACGAAGAGCUGAAGACAAGAGGAUUUGGAGGAAUCUAUGGCGUUGGCAAAGCUGCCCUCCACCCCCCAGCUCUGGCUGUCCUGAGCCACACCCCGGAUGGAGCCACCCAGACCAUUGCAUGGGUGGGCAAAGGGAUCGUCUAUGACACCGGGGGUCUGAGCAUCAAAGGGAAGACCACCAUGCCCGGGAUGAAGAGAGACUGCGGGGGUGCCGCAGCCAUCCUGGGGGCCUUCAGAGCCGCGGUCAAGCAGGGUUUCAAAGACAACCUGCACGCCGUGUUCUGCUUGGCCGAGAACUCAGUGGGGCCCAAUGCAACGAGGCCCGAUGACAUCCACCUGCUGUACUCAGGAAAGACUGUGGAAAUCAACAAUACGGACGCCGAAGGCAGGCUGGUGCUGGCGGACGGUGUGUCCUACGCCUGCAAGGACCUGGGGGCCGACAUCAUCCUAGACAUGGCCACGCUGACUGGAGCUCAGGGCAUCGCCACGGGCAAGUACCAUGCCGCUGUGCUCACCAACAACGCUGAGUGGGAGGCAGCCUGCGUGAAGUCGGGGAGGAAGUGUGGGGACCUGGUGCACCCGCUCGUCUACUGCCCCGAGCUGCACUUCAGCGAGUUCACCUCGGCCGUGGCGGACAUGAAGAACUCUGUGGCGGACCGGGACAACAGCCCCAGCUCCUGUGCUGGCCUUUUCAUUGCUUCACACAUUGGCUUCGACUGGCCCGGGGUCUGGGUUCAUCUGGACAUCGCCGCACCUGUGCACGCGGGUGAGCGUGCCACGGGCUUCGGUGUGGCCCUCCUCCUGGCACUCUUCGGGCGAGCCUCCGAGGACCCUCUGCUGAACCUGGUGUCCCCGCUCGGCUGUGAGGAAGAUGCCCAGGAGGGGGACACGGAGAGGGACUCCAAGAGGCGCAGGCUUGUGUGAGGCCAGCCAGCCGCCUGGCCCAGCAACAGAGGGCUCUGCCUCACUUUGCACUAAUUAAUUUUAAGCAGUUGGAAGAUUACACCUUGAGAUGGGCUUUGAACCCACCCUGAGGCCUGCCCCCGGGUCUGAGACCCUGGCCCUGCUGUCACAUUCUCCCAAAUGAGCAUCAGGCUUUGCAAGCCCAGGUCUGCAGGGAUGGUUGUCACAGCCCCCAGCACAUCCUGAGGCUGAGUGUUGCACUGGGUCAGGUAUGUUUCCUUGGCACUGAAGAUACGAUCCUACUGCUGAAGGGCAAGACCUGGCCAGGAUUCAGGGAGACGUCCCACCUGGGCCCAGGUGAGGCAGGUGAGGCUGGCCCCAGG